CGGGCGUGUUGCUGAGCCGGAAAAUGCGCGCGUAAAUCGCUAAAAGUGUGUGUGUAAGAAAAUUGUGGCCGCAACGGGAAAAUUGGCAGAGCAAACAAACGAGUGCGGUGCGUGCCAUGUGCUUGUGUUUGUGGAGUGCGUGAAUGAAGUGCCACGGAAUCGCAGCGGAAAUCGUUUGCUGGCCCAUCGACUGGCCAGCCAGUGCGGGUGCGCUGUGCUGUUGCGGUCGUGGAUGAUGCGGCUGGCGCUGUCGGUGCCAGGAGCGCAGUUGCCGGGCCAUAAUUGUCGGUUGAAUGACUCUCGAUGCGAUAGCAAUAAUACCAAGCAAAUCGGUAGCGGCGGCAAUCAUAAUAUUCAUCAAUGUCACACUUGACGGCGGAGCAGAAGCAGCAGCGAAAAUAAAUACAAAACCCAAUUGCCGACAGCACCACCGCACAAAUUCGGACAUUGCGACAUGUUAGCAGGGGCCGCGACACAAGCAAUCGACACAACACAACGACGAGCGUCGACGAUAUCUGGUAAAACUACAAGAAAGGGAGCAGGCAUCAGGAACAGCAGCAGCUGGGAAAGAUGGUUCUAAGCACCGAAUGGUCGCAGGUGGAGGUUAUCGAUCUGAUCAACGACGGCAAUGGCCUCGGCUUUAUCCUUGUGGGCGGGCGCAGCACCGGGGUGGUGAUCAAGGCCCUGACGCCGGGGGGCGUGGCCGAGCGAGAUGGACGGCUGCAGCUAGGCGAUCACCUGCUGCAGAUCGGCGAGGUCAAUCUGCGGGGCUUCAGCUCGGAGCAGGUGGCCACAGUUCUUCGUCAGACCGGAGCUCAGGUGCGUCUGAUAGUGGCGCGGCCGGUGGAGCCGACGGCCAUCGAUUACCAAACGCUGGCCUGUCAGGCGCCGAUUAUACCAACUAAGCUCCUCUCCGACCCGGAAGAACUGUCGCGUCAUCUCUUCCAGAAUCCGAGCUUUGCCACCGCCGCUGCCGCGGCAGCAGCAGCAGCAGCGGCCGCUGCAGCAGCAGCAUCCAGCGGUGGUGGUGGCAGCGGCGGAGGCGGCGUCUGUGUCGGCGGCAUGGACGUGGCCAGUUUGGUGGGCCUGGUGCGCGGCGGUCCCGUCGAGGGCUCCGAGAUGUCCGCCGUGGAAGCGCCAGCGGCGCAGCUGCAGCUCACGGAGCUCGGCGACCUGGCCGACUUCCCACUGCCACCGAUUCCUGGCGGCAAUCCUAACGGCGCGGAAUCCAAUGCUGGGCAGCGACCGUGUCCGCGCCUGGAUCUGGAUAUAGUGCCCUUCUCGAUACUAUCGCCGCCGCCACGCCCCGCCCUGCAGCUGCUGCCCCUGGAGACCCAAUGGCGGUCCGUUCAGGAUCAGCACCAGCACAUAGAGACUGUGAUAGCCGGCAGCAAACGCAAGCUGUUGGCCAACGAAGAUGGCGGUUGCGGCUCCGCUUCGGGUUCGGGAUCGGGCUCCGGUUCCGGCUCCCCCGACUCUUACAUGGAUUCUCCGGAAACGGAAACCUACGUGGUGGAGCUGCACAAGAACGUCUAUGGCCUGGGCAUAACCGUAGCGGGUUACGUUUGCGAGGAGGAGGAUCUCUCCGGCAUAUUCGUUAAGAGCAUCAUCGAGGGCAGUGCGGCGGAAACGAGCGGUCAGAUUCAGAUCAACGACCGCAUCGUGGCAGUGGACGGAAGGUCCCUGUCCGGGGUGACCAACCAUCAGGCGGUGGAGCUGCUGCGGAACACAGACAUCGAGGUUCACCUCACAUUGGAGCGGUUUCUGCGGGGCAGGAAAUUCGAGCACCUGCAAGUGGCCCUCACGGAGAUCAAGGGCAGUGCCGGACCAUCCGGCUUGGAUAGGAACCAGGAGAAGGACCAGGACCAAGAAUCACAGCUCUCGAUGCCUGGGUCACCCUCGAUAGCCACGCUCAGCUGGCUGCCACCCAAGUCGCUGGAUGCCGAUUCCAUAGCCACCGAAGGCGACGAGGCCGAGCCGGAGGAUGUGGGCGUUUCGGGAGCAGGCGAGGAGUUCGUGGAGCUCCCCUCGCGGGACACCGUGGAGUCGAACAUGUCGCACGUGCUGGACCGCAGCGAUCACAGUGGCGGCGUGACAAAGCUGGCCACGACCAGUCCAGUGGCGCCGCUAACCAAUGGCAGGAGUCCGAACCUGGCCGAUGACAGUGGCAACGACACCGAUGAGCAGUGUCCAGAGCCGGAAACGGAAACGGAGGCGCAGACGGAGACGGGAAAGGGAGCGGCAAGAGCCAGAAAGGUGUCCAGAGCUGAGUCGAGCAAGGUUAAGGAACCAGAAGAUCCCGACACAGAUCCCGAUCUCGAUCCCGAUCCCGGCCAGAUGCCCACGCCCACGAAUGAGGCGCCUGCGAAGGUGGCCAGCCCGACCGCCGCCUCCCUGCGCGUGGCCUGGAAAAGUGAGUUUCCCGACAGUGAAAUUUUAGUUGCCGAAAUAAAUAAACUUUCAGGUCUAGGGAUCAGCCUCGAAGGCACCGUGGACGUGGAGUGCGGCAUUGAGAAGCGUCCGCAUCACUAUAUACGCUCGAUACUCGCCGACGGGCCAGUAGGCCGCCAGGGCAUCCUGCGGCCGGGCGAUGAGCUCCUGCAGGUGAACGAGCACAAGCUCCAGGGACUGCGCCACAUCGAUGUGGUUAAGAUCCUCAAGGAGCUGCCGGCCCGCGUUAAGUUGGUGUGUGCCCGGGGCACUCGCGUUCCGUCGGUGAUAAAUACCUCGCAAAACCCGGAGGCCUUUGAGACGCGCAGCCUCCUGCCCGGUGGUCACCAGAGUCUCCAGAAUCUGCUGAGCAAGGCCCAGUCGGAGAGCUCGCUCUACACGUCCAGCACGGCGACAUUGACGGAUGCAGGCGGAGGAGCCGGCGGUUCGGGAGGAAAUGGAGCUGGAGCAGUGCGCUCCAAGUCGCUGGAGAACGUGUCCGGCCUCGCCCUGUGGAGCUGUGAAGUGACCGCCGUGGAUAUUGAGAAGACAGAGCACGGCUUCGGCUUCUCCAUUCUGGACUACCAGGAUCCCCUAGACUCCGAGGGCAGUGUGAUCGUGAUUCGCGGCCUGAUACGCGGUGGUGCUGCCGAGGCAACCAACGAGAUAUAUCCGGGCGACCGUCUAAUGAGCGUUGGCGAUCGCCUGCUGCAGGGCCUGGAGCUGGACGAGGCGGUGGCCAUUCUGAAGUCCAUGCCGCCGGGUCCCACGCGCCUCGGCAUCUGUCGGCCCCUCUCCGCUUCGGACAGCAACAGCAAUAGCAACAUAGCCUCGCCGCUCGGCGACUCGGCGAGUACAUAGUGACAGCCCAUGCCCGACGGCCAACAGGAGUCGGAGAUCGAACCGGAAGUGCAAGCUGAACUAAAUGCAGAGCCGGAGGAGGAACGGGAGCUGUUCUCAUUGUAUUUCAUGACCCUAAUAUCAGCAAUGUGAAAGCAUCAACCAAACACCAAAUUGGAAAUCUAAAAAAGCAACAAACUAUGGAAGUCUGCAGCAUAAAUCGGAAGCGGCGAAACAAUUUGUAUAUAGUAUAUAGUAUAAUCAAAUCCGCACAUUGCCAGAAUCGAUUAACUACACACACCAGCUAGGUAAAGUGGCCAACUCCCAGCCGCGAUGACAGCCCCGAACACUAAAAAUGCAUAAAUAAAUAAAUGGAAUGGCACGCAACGCAAAUUCUAAAAAUAUCACAAAUUGUUGUAUCAAUAAAUUAUUAAUAACAAUUUCUGCGGACAAAGAAACGAGAACGGCAAGCAAAACUAUAGCAAAAAGUUGACAACAUCAAAUAAAGUUGAAUAUCAACGGGGGUGAAAAAACCCCACGAAAUUCCAAACAGAAAAAGCAGGAGGGGAAUUUAUCCAACACACAAAUAUUGCAAAACAUUUUUCCAGUUUAGUAUGCAUAUGUCGAGGCCACGAGGGCAAUAAUGAUAGUACCCCUCCCCGGUAGUUUCCACAUAUCCACCCAAAAACCACACCCACACUGACCCCCACUCCCACUUCCACACCCAAAACCACCUCCCCCACCCUAGAUGCCGCUGUAAAUAUUCGAGAGACUAUUUUUAUUGUCCUUUUCAACUUUAUGUAGCAUAAAUUUACAAUUUCUAGCCUGUAAAUCCUUUAUAUACGAAAUAGUUAAAUAGGUAAGGCCACGGCUAUGGGGGAGGCUGUGUCGAUGGGCGUGGCAGAUGGCUUCUCCUAUAGGAAUACGCUCUAAGUAGAUACACUAAUUUUCCUGGGGACGUUUUCCAAAUUGUAUAGGAAAUGAAAAUUGCAGAAUUGCAUCGAUUCUCGAGAUUAGUUGUGCAUAUAAAGCGGUUACAUAUACCUAUUUAUAGAUACUACAAAUUCUAUGCCUAUGAUUAUAUAUAUUUACAAUUGACGACCAAGCAAAAGUAAAACUUUAACUUUAGUAACAAGUCAACACGCAUACUCACACGGAUUACACGAAAAAACUGAACUAAAGUAGAGAUUGAAAAUAAGACAUUGGUGAGAUGCGGUGAGGGGAAUCCCCGCUGGGCUCUAGAGUUUUCACCCACUCACAUCUCAGAGCAUAGCAAAUAUGAAAUGUAAAACAAAAGCUUGUUAGUGAUACUAAUUUUAAACAAAAACAUGAAAACCAAAACACAAAACCAAAGCUUAAAAACGUUUGAUAAUUCUUAGUAAAUCUCGAAAUGUUUACAUUGUUAUUCAAUUUCUGUUAGUUAAUUCUUUGUUACUAAGCGAACUUCAAUUUCAUCUGUAUAUAGAUUUCUAGAACACACAUCAGUGCUCGAAAGCUAAAGCUUCUUAAAAUUACUGAAAACUGAAAAGCAAAUAUAUCAACUAAGAUGUAAACACAUAUAGUGCGUUUCAAAACUACAAGUACAUGAGGGUUUAUUCAAUGGGUUCUUUAACAAAUAAUUUAGUAUUAGUUUCACUUUUUCAGAGAUUAGUUUGCCCCAUUUUGGCUACUUUUAUCUUUUAAACUUUAUUAAAUUUCUUUUUUUUUACAGAGUUUAAUUGUUUUUUUUUUAAGUUUUUAGAAUACAUUUAUCUAAAAUUUAAACUUGUAUUUUUCUAUUUGUAGUAUUGAAACACACUAUCCAUACGUAUACCGACUAACACAAAGACAUUGACUCACCUACACUCAAGCACUUUCGCCUAAGAAAACUAUAUAUUUUGCAGAUGAAGGGAGGACAAGUUCCACGCAACUCAAACAACAAAAAUAUGCAAAUACACUAUCUAACUAUCCAUUUAUCUAGGGGCCGGCAAAUAUUACGUGAUCCCAUGUAACCAAGGGUUUACGUAAUAUAUGUCUAACCCCAUCUAUCAUACACACACACUUACGUUUAUAAGUACACGCACAUCAAUGCAAGAUGCAUAAUAUCUAAAUGAAACAAUUUACCAUUUAGCAUUAACGAUUAAUGGGAAAACCAACUGUCUGAGCAAAAACCAACUAACUAAAGCAAACGACUAAGCAAAUGAAACCAAUGAAACAACACUUAAUGUAACGAUGAACGAGAAUCGAAUCGAAUCGAAACGAAAGGCAACGCAGUUGAAAAUUCAAAUGAAUAUGCAAAUUUGGCUAACACGAACACACACACACCACACACACACACAUACAUAGGCGACAUUAGAAACAAGAGUUUGUAAAUUGACGAAACGUUAAAUAAACAAAGGCGAAAAAUAUAACAAAAGUAUUAAUACACGUACAAAGA